UGGAUUAUUUUUCUAGGGAAAAUGCUUAUAUCGUCGUGGUCAGAAUAAAUCAUUGUAAUAGCUUUGCAGUUUUACUUUGGAUUUUCUCCAAUUAGUAAAAGGCCGUUAUUAUUGUUUUGACCGAAUAACCCGCAGGCGUGGGUCAGAUAAUAUUAUAAUAAGAUAUCGGAUUACUUUUAACUCUAAAUAUGUUUUAUCUCCGGCUUUAUUAUGACUGCUUUAUUUUGGUGAAAGACGCGUGAUGUAGAUUUUGCAAAUCUUUUUCUUUCAGGCGAUGUUAUAAUGUUCCCAUAGAUGCCCAAUUUUGCAGCGGUGAUUCAGUUAUUUAGGCAGUGCAAUAUGCUGAAUAAGCUUUUUUACCGUGGAAUUUAUGACCACUUAGCUCUCUAAGAACUGGGGAAUCACAAAUAAUUACCUUGCUACGUUGAAUUAAACUUAUAUUGAUCAAAAUGGGGGGAGCUUGCUCAAGAAAAAGAGGCCACUUGGUUGAAGACGAGGGUUCAAGGAGAGCGGCUGGGAGACUAUCCAAGGCCGGGAGUUCCAAAUGGUUGCUAUUUUCUCUUCCGCGCUGCAGCUCAAACCUUAUCCAAAAGGGACAGGCUACAUGUCCUACUCUCAUGGAACUAUGUGUUGCCAAGAUUAGAGAGGACAUUGCAAAAUACAAAAGCUUCUCUAUGCUACCGAGGGACAUAAGCCAGCAGAUCUUCAAUGAUUUGGUGGAAUCUUAUUGCCUGACUGAUGUAUCACUCGAGGCUUUUCGUGAUUGUGCUAUUCAGGAUAUGCUUUUGGGAGAAUAUCCUGGAGUAAAAGACAGUUGGAUGCACGUUAUUGCUUCCCAAGGGCAAUCCUUACUGUCGCUUGAUAUUUCUUAUUCCGAUAUAACAGAUUCUGGAUUGGUUCGUCUCAAAGAUUGCCCUAAUGUACAGUCUUUGUCAUUCGAUUAUUGUGAUCAAAUCUCAGACCGUGGCCUGGAAAAUUUGUGUGGUCUUUCAAACCUGACAUCACUAAGCUUUAAGAAGAGCAAUGCAAUAACUGCAGAAGGAAUGAAAGCUUUUAGAUACUUAGUUAACUUGGUUAAUUUGGAUCUAGAGAGAUGCUCGAAGAUACAUGGCGGCCUUGUCCAUAUUGAGGGUUUAAAGAAACUGGAAACCCUCAACAUUAGAUGCUGCAAUUGUAUAAAGGAUGUAGACAUUAUUUCUCUAUCAGGCCUUACAAAUUUAAGAGAGCUACAAAUGUCAUCUUGCAAAGUUAGUGAUGCUGGCAUUUCUCAUCUGAAAGGUAUACGCUCGGACCGGAUUGCCCAUCUGAGUUUAAAGAAACUUGUUCACUUGAACUUGGAGGGUUGUCCAGUGACUGGUGCUUCCCUUGAGUUUAUUUCAGGUCUUGCUUCACUUUUAUAUCUGAAUCUUAGUCGGUGCUGUUUAUCUGAUGAGGGAUGUGAGAAUUUUUCUGGUCUUGUGAAACUCAGAGUGUUGAACUUGGCUUUUAAUAACAUCACUGAUGCAUGCUUGGUGCAUAUAAAGGAUCUUAUUAAUUUGGAGAGCCUGAACUUGGAUUCAUGCAAAGUUGGGGAUGAAGGUCUAUUGAAUUUGAAGGGGCUCCUGCAAUUGAAAAGCUUGGAGCUAUCAGACACAGACGUUGGUAGCAGUGGUCUUCAGCACCUUUCUGGUUUAUGCAGUCUGGAAAAUAUAAAUCUGUCCUUUACAAUGGUGACUGAUAGUGGCUUGAGAAAGUUAUCAGGGUUGACAUCAAUUAGAUCACUGAAUCUUGAUUCUCGCCAAAUAACAGAUGCUGGCUUGUCAGCCCUUACAAGCCUUACUGGAUUGACGCAUCUGGAUCUUUUUGGUGCUCGUAUUACAGAUUCUGGAACAGAGUGCUUAAGAAAUUUCAAGAACCUUCGCUCUCUUGAGCUGUGCGGAGGGUCGAUUUCUGAUGUUGGUGUGAAGAACAUCAAAGACCUCACAUCCUUGACUUUAUUAAAUUUGUCCCAAAACUUUAGCCUCACCGAUAGGUCGCUGGAAUACAUUUCAGGAUUGACUGCAUUGGUUUCGCUUAACGUCUCCAACUCCCACAUAACAAAUGCUGGACUUCACUACCUGAAGCCCCUAAAGAAUCUGAGGUCACUCUCUCUGGAGUCUUGCAGAGUUACGGCAAUAGAAUUAAAGAAACUUCAUCUGUCUGCACUGCCCAAUCUGGUGAACAUCAGACCUGAGUAGGUCUGCUCUGAAGCUUGUAAAUAGUUCCCGGCGUGGGAGAACUCUUUCCAUCGUAAAAUGUUAUUUGUGGCCGAUAAGAAUUAUGGCUGGAGUAACAACUUGUACAUAGUGGUUAAGUUUUAGUUUGUUUGGUUAUAAGGUUUGGAAGACUUGCGUGUUGCAUGUGAAGAAACAUAUUUCGUAGUAUGAAUGAGUGCUGUUGUAAGCACUGAUCUUCCUCACAGUUUGCAAGCCACCGAAACCUUGGAAACUUGGUUAAUCUGUAAAUAUGCUUCCUGUCUUAUGUAAUAUAUGUGCUCUAUCCUGAUUUAAUCUUCACUGUUCACA